UUAAAUAUGGCAAAACAAUUAACUGAUCAAAUAUUAGAUUACUUAGAUGAGCACGGAGAAGUAAAUUCUCUCCAUUUAGCAGAAGUUUUUGAAGAAGAUCACCAAAAAAUUGUGUAAUUUAUUUUACAGUUAAUCACCACUAAACAGAUAACUGAUAAAAAGUGGGAAUUAACAUCAGAGGGACAACAUGUUGUUGAUCAUGGGAGUCAUGAAGCAGCAGUUUAUAACGCAAUUCCCAAUGAUGGGGUACUUCAACUUGAAAUUAUGCAGUCAGUACCAUUUGCAAAGGUUGGAUUUUCUAAAGCAUUACAGGCUGGUUGGAUAGAAAUUGAUAAGACCAAUGGUACACCUGUUGUGAAGAAAAAGGUAGCUUCUAUUACAGAUGUUACACAAAAUGAUUUGAAAGAUCUAAUAAAUUUAAGUGAUCGUCUUAGAACUGACUAUAAGAAGAGAAAAUUGAUUCAAGAAAUAAUCAUUAAAUCUGUACAAUUAGAGAAGGGUCCAAACUUUACAAGAAAAAUUGAGAAAUUAGAGACAGAAUUGACUGCUGAUUUGUUGGUGAAUGGUGCAUGGAAAAAAAAGAAAUUUAAACCAUAUAACUUUGCAGCACUUGGUGCUACACUUGAAGUGGGCCAUUUACAUCCCCUGUUAAAAGUUAGAAGUGAAUUCAGAAAAAUUUUCCUUGAAAUGGGAUUUACAGAAAUGCCAACAAAUAAUUUUGUGGAAAGUUCUUUUUGGAACUUUGAUGUUCUAUUUCAACCUCAGCAACAUCCAGCAAGAGAUGCACAUGACACCUUUUUCAUAGCUGAGCCAUCUCAUAGUACAAAUUUUCCAAUGGACUAUUUAGAGAAGGUAAAAAAAGUUCAUAGUGAAGGGGGCUAUGGUUCUCUCGGUUAUCGUUACGAUUGGAAAAUAGAAGAAGCACAAAGGAAUGUUCUUCGUACUCAUACAACUGCUAUCAGCGCGCGAAUGCUGUACAAACUUAUGCAGCAGGGCGAGUUUAAGCCGGUGAAGUAUUUCAGUAUUGAUCGAGUAUUCCGUAACGAAACUUUGGAUGCUACGCAUCUUGCAGAGUUUCACCAAAUUGAAGGUGUAGUCGCUGAUUAUAAUCUCACAUUAGGUGACUUAAUAGGAAUUUUGUAUGAAUUUUUUAAGAAACUUGGUAUUGUGAAGCUUAAAUUCAAGCCCGCGUACAAUCCGUACACUGAACCGAGUAUGGAAAUCUUUUGUUACCAUGAGGGUUUGAAGAAAUGGAUAGAAAUUGGUAAUAGCGGAAUGUUUCGACCAGAAAUGUUAUUACCAAUGGGAUUACCGGAAGAUGUGAAUGUAAUUGCUUGGGGAUUAUCUUUAGAAAGGCCAACUAUGAUUAAGUAUGGGUUAAACAAUAUACGAGAUUUAGUUGGACCCAAGGUGGAUAUGGAAAUGGUUUAUAACAAUCCUAUUUGUCGCUUAAACAAGUAAAUAUUUUUCUAACAAUUAUUAUUAAGGACCAGUCACAAUUCUUCUCAAAGAAAGAAACUUGAAGAAAAGAAACAAGAAUCGGAC